GCCCUGCUUGCCCUUGCUGUCUGGUUGUCCCGGGGAAUGAUGCUGGCUGGUGUGCGGGGGGCAGCCCGGGGCCUGCUCCGGAGAGCCUGCGUUCUCCAAGUGCAGCCACAAGUCCGAUGUGAGGGCACCACAGUAGAGACCAGUCCAACUGUUCGUCCCAAAGAUCCAGUGCUGAAGAACCAGCUCUCUGUAUUUGGCGAGUAUGUGGGAGAGAUUCUACCCAAGUACGUUCAGCAGGUCCAGGUAACGUGCUAUGGAGAAUUGGAGAUCAUGAUCCAUCCGGAUGGGGUCAUACCAGUCAUGACAUUUCUCCGUGAUCACACAAAUGCCCAGUUUAAAUCCUUGGCGGACCUGACUGCAGUUGAUAUCCCGACAAGGGAAAACCGCUUUGAGAUUGUUUACAACUUGCUGUCAUUGCGCUAUAACUCCAGGAUCCGCGUGAAGACUUACGCAGAUGAACUUACUGCGGUUGAUUCACUUGUGUCCGUCCACCAAGCUGCAAACUGGUAUGAGAGAGAGGUUUGGGACAUGUAUGGAGUAUUUUUUGCUAAUCAUCCGGAUCUAAGAAGAAUUCUCACAGAUUACGGGUUUGAGGGGCAUCCAUUCCGGAAGGACUUCCCUCUCUCAGGCUAUGUGGAGGUGCGUUAUGAUGAUGAAGUGAAACGCGUUGUGGCAGAACCAGUGCAGCUGGCACAGGAAUUCAGAAAAUUUGAUUUGAGCAGCCCGUGGGAGACCUUCCCAGCUUACCGGGAGGAGCCAGCGAGUCCAAAGCUGGAGUCAGGAGACACCAAGAAAGAGACAAAGUAGAGGCAGCAUAGGAUGUGCCGUUCUGUGUUCUUGUAGGCAGCCUGUAAAACCUAUUUAUGUACAUAAAAUAAACACCUACUGUAAACAUCA